CCUUCCUAAAAGCACCUCUAAUCAUUAAUCAAGCACAAGGAGAGAAAGCAUUUCAGAAAAGCCCCACCAUGUCCCUUGACUCCCAAGACUCAACUUCUCCUUCCUUCAACAGGGACUGGUUCUUCCCUUCACCUUCCUUCAUCCACCAAUCCACUCCUAAACCUCCUAAACCUCACCGCAGAUUCUCCACUGCUUCCAAACAUUCUCCAGAUUCCAACAUCUCCAAUCCGCCCUCGUUUCGUUCAUCACCCUCUCUCUCUCCCACCACCACUUCUAAAUAUGGAAGACUUCGCCGGCGGGUGGAGUUCCCUCGACCACCUGAAAAAUAUUCAAUACAACACCAAAAUGACUCCGUUUUGGACCGCAAACCUGUUGUUUCCAGUGAGAAGAAGCAGUCUACUGUGAAAGUUUCUUCUGGGUCAUUGGGCCUUCGGGUCAGAGUCCGAUGGAAUUUGGCCAUUACAGUAGCUAUUGUGAUUACAGCUUUGACUUCAUUAGUGCACAAGAAUUUUACUCUACAUAACCAAGUAAUUGUUUUGCAGGAUCAAAUACUGAAACUAAAUGUUAGAUUACGAGCGUGUAAUUUGUUAUCCAAUGUAGAUACUUUUGAUUCAGUUAUGCAGGAGCUUGAUGAUAUUGGUUAUGGUAGUGAUAACGGGUUAAAGAAUUUGGCUUUGAUUGUUUCAGUUACGCUCUUGUCUAUUCCGGUUCUUGCUUUCAAGUACAUUGAUUUUGUAUCGAAAUCCAGAUCAUCGGAUAAUGUUUCGGAAGAGGCAUUGUUGAAUAAGCAGCUUGCAUAUCGGGUGGAUAUUUUUUUAUCAGUUCAUCCAUAUGCCAAGCCUUUGGCGUUGUUGGUUGCGACAUUGCUGGUUAUUUGCCUUGGUGGAUUGGCGUUGUUUGGUGUGACAGAUGAUAAUUUAGCGGAUUGUCUUUGGUUGUCUUGGACGUUUGUAGCGGAUUCAGGCAAUCAUGCUAAUACCGAGGGGAUUGGUCCAAGGCUUGUUUCUGUUUCUAUUAGCUUUGGUGGGAUGCUUAUUUUUGCUAUGAUGCUUGGACUUGUGUCUGAUGCUAUUUCUGAGAAGUUUGAUUCAUUAAGGAAAGGAAGAAGCGAGGUGGUUGAGCAAAACCAUACUCUAAUUCUUGGCUGGAGCGAUAAACUAGGAUCACUGCUGAAUCAACUUGGAAUAGCCAAUGAGAGUUUGGGUGGAGGAAUUGUAGUAGUGAUGGCUGAACGAGAUAAAGAAGAGAUGGAAAUGGAUAUUGCUAAAAUGGAGUUCGACUUCAAAGGAACAUCUGUCAUAUGCAGAAGUGGGAGCCCCCUAAUUCUGGCUGACCUAAAAAAGGUAUCUGUUUCCAAGGCCCGUGCAAUAGUUGUGCUUGCUGAAGAUGGAAAUGCUGACCAGAGUGAUGCUCGUGCAUUGAGAACCGUCUUAAGUCUUACAGGAGUGAAAGAAGGUCUAAAAGGGCACAUUGUGGUGGAGCUAAGUGAUCUUGACAAUGAGGUUCUUGUGAAACUUGUUGGUGGAGAUCUUGUCAAAACUGUUGUAGCUCAUGAUGUUAUUGGCCGCUUGAUGAUUCAAUGUGCUCGGCAGCCAGGACUUGCACAGAUAUGGGAAGACAUACUUGGGUUUGAAAAUUGUGAGUUUUACAUCAAAAGAUGGCCGCAGUUGAUCGGCAUGCAAUUCGAGGACAUACUAAUCAGUUUUCCCGACGCUAUACCUUGUGGGAUCAAGGUUGCUUCUUGUGAUGGUAAAAUUAUCUUAAAUCCUGAAGACUCGUACGUUCUUCAAGAAGAUGAUGAAAUCCUUGUCAUUGCGGAAGAUGAUGAUAGCUAUGCUCCAGCAACAUUACCUACGGUCAAAGAGGCAUCAUUCAUGCACAUUGCCCGACCUGCAAGAAUGCCACAGAAGAUUCUACUUUGUGGAUGGAGGAGGGACAUUGAUGAUAUGAUUGUGGUGUUGGAUGCAUUUCUAGCACCCGGUUCAGAGCUCUGGAUGUUCAAUGAUGUUCCUGAAAAUGAGAGGGAAAAGAAGCUCAUUGAUGGUGGUCUAGACUUAAGUAGAUUGGAAAAUAUACAACUUGUCAAUCGAGAGGGAAAUGCGGUCAUAAGACGUCAUUUAGAAAGCCUUCCUUUGCAAUCUUUUGAUUCAAUUUUAAUUUUGGCUGAUGAGUCAGUGGAAGAUUCAGCCAUUCAAGCCGACUCCCGAUCUCUUGCCACAUUAUUAUUGAUUCGUGAUAUUCAGUCGAAGCGUCUCCCAAUGGUGAACCAGGUUCGCAGAGGAACCUUCUCUCAAGGUUCGUGGAUUGGGGAGAUGCAGCAGGCUUCAGAUAAAUCUGUAAUAAUAAGUGAAAUUCUGGACCCAAGAACUAAAAAUUUAUUAUCCAUGUCGAAGAUCAGUGAUUAUGUUUUAUCAAAUGAACUUGUCAGCAUGGCAUUGGCCAUGGUUGCAGAAGAUCAACAAAUAAAUGAUGUAUUAGAAGAGCUCUUUGCAGAUGAGGGAAAUGAGCUUCAAAUAAGGCAAGCAGAUCUUUACCUCAGUGAAGGCGAGGAAUUGAGUUUCUAUGAAGUGCUAUUACGAGCACGACAGAGAAGAGAGAUAGUCAUUGGUUACCGUGCAGCUAAUGCUGAAAAGGCUGUUAUCAAUCCGCCUGCCAAAAGUGAGAGACGUAGGUGGUCACUGAAAGAUGUAUUCGUGGUAAUUGCAGAGAAGGAAUGAGGAUGCAGUUCUUCUUCAUCCCCUGAACAUGAUAUUCUUUGAAAAAAAUUCGAUGGACACCGAAGAAACCAACAAUAGGAAGUGUUCAUUAGUUUCUGCCAGUCUGAAAAAAGAAAGAAAGAAAUACUACAGAUGUACAGUCACAUCUAGUAUAUUUCUUGUACAAAAACUCAACCUCAAAGUGGAAUUUUCUCGCUACCUAAAUAUGAAAGAGCUGUAACGUUUCCCAGGACGUGUUUGGAGCACUAAAUUGAUAAGAAGGCUCUACUGGGCGUGAAACAUUUGUGAUUUGCAAGAAUGAUGACUGAUAGCACAAGGAAUGAAUAGCUUCAAGGUGGCUUCUUGCUUCGCCGAAGCAUGUUAUAGCA